AUGAGAGAGUUCAAGAGCAAGGCUUUCUGGAGGGCCAUACUGGCCGAGCUCGUGGGGAUGAUCAUGUUCAUAUUCCUCAGCAUCUCAGCUGCCAUUGGGAACUCAAACAACACUGCUCCUGACCAGGAGGUGAAGGUUUCUCUGAGCUUUGGUCUGGCCAUCGCCACGCUGGCCCAGAGUUUGGGCCACAUCAGUGGAGCCCACUUGAACCCAGCAGUAACACUGGGCAUGCUGGCCAGCUGCCAGAUCAGUGUGUUCAAGGGGGUGAUGUACAUCAUGGCUCAGAUGCUGGGCUCUGCCUUGGCCAGUGGUAUUGUCUAUGGAACCCGGCCAGAGGGAAAUGCUGCACUGGGGGUCAACGCUGUGAGUGGCACUUUUUGGUUCAUGUUUUAUACAAUGCAAAUUUGGAUAUAUGUGGUUUAUGUGUGUCCUUUUCAAUUGAACAAUUUACUGGUGUUGUUUCAGUAGAAAUGUUGGCUUUCAAUUCCAUUUUAUGGGAAGUGUUUGAAUUUAAGUGUCAUUUCUUGAUCAAUUAAUAUUGCAUCUCAUAGUCCUUGGCCAAUAGUAAUGCACAUGAAUCUGCAUGAACUGCAUUGAUAAAAUAGUUGAUUGAACUUAGCUUAAUUAGGUCUAGACUCAAUUAUUUUUAAAGGGACUCAAAUGGGAUGCCAUUCAUGGUUGAUUAGAGUGUGCUUUGAUGCACCGGCUGCAAACAGUUGACAAACAGAAUCAUGUGAUGUUGUUUAUGAUCACACUAACUCAUACUCAGCGUAGGUGCUUCUGCUGUCCUCUAUCAAAUAUAGGGUGUACUGCUGCAUGGUAAUUACUUUUCCAUGCCAGCAAAACCACUCACACGCCUCCUAUAGACACCAAUGUAUAAGAUAUGUAUUUUAUUGAGCUAUUCAUACAGGAUAUCUAUUUGCUUUAAAGUAAUUCAAAUGGAUCUAAAUUGGGCAUUAGCAAAGUCUGUGAGAAUAUUAUCAGUGAUCGACAUUUAUUUUAAUCAUGUAAAAUUUCAAUGAGUGAGAAAACUGACUUGUUCAGACUUUUCCAAAUUAUAGUUAGACUAUAAUCAGCCUAUUAGAAGUUUGAAUUAGAUUUUUCCUCCUCAUCCUCCACAGUGAAGCUUUUGCUUUGCCAGCUAUUUACAAUAGGACAUGGUAGUUGAGAAAAACAUAACACUGAUCCACACUGACAAAUUGUUUUUGUUUGGUUCCCCCUUUGCCCCCCUCAUUCCCUCUCGUAGCUAAAUGGUGUCACUGCCAGCCAAGGCGUUGGCAUCGAGCUCCUGGCUACCUUCCAGCUGGUCCUGUGUGUCAUAGCUGUCACUGAUAAAAGGCGGGGUGACGUCACCGGCUCUGCCCCCCUGGCCAUCGGGCUCUCUGUCGCUCUGGGACACUUGGCAGCCGUAAGUAAUUUAUAGCAGUUUGUAAACAAGGUAUCUCCUCUAAAACAUGCAUCUGAUUGACAAAGCAUAGAUUUAGCAACACUGUUAUUGUGAUUAAUCACCAUUGAAUUAAAGCUACAUUUUACUCAGUGCAAAUGUGACACCGUUUAAUUUACCACUUAAACCUUAGGCCUAAUCCUACAACAAUGUCAGAAACGAUCAUUUCAACUGAUUUCACUUCAGAUCUUCUCAUCCCUCAUAAUGUCUUAAUACAUUUCUCUGUUCUUGUUGUUGUUUUGCGCAGAUCAGCUACACAGGCUGCGGUAUCAACCCUGCCCGAUCCUUUGGACCAGCUUUGAUCAUGAAUGAUUAUACAAACCACUGGGUAAAUUGGAGUGGAGUGGAGAGGGUGUGGGCAGGCGUGUGUUUGCAGAUUCCUUGCAUUUAGUGUGACAUCAAUGCCAUGACCAGUAAAUUCAAUAAACCUCUAAAAUGAUUACCAAAGCUGAGCUACUUUCAAUAAAGAAGUUACUGAGUGACAGCAUCUCUAUUGUUUCAUUGUAAAGUCCAAAUAAAUAAAACAAUUGAGAGCAAAGUUAACGUUAACCCUGUAAUAUUUGUCUUCAACCUGUCCUUCCAUUGAUUAAUCGAUUGACUUAUUUCCACCAUGGCAGGUGUACUGGGUGGGGCCAAUGUGCGGAGGUGUGGCAGCUGCUCUGGUCUAUGACUUUGUCCUGUACCCCAAGUUUGAUGACUUCCCUGAACGCAUGAAGGUCCUGGUCAGUGGCCCUGUGGGAGACUAUGAUGUCAACGGAGAGGAGACUGCAGCAGUAGAAAUGUCAUCAAAGUAG